AUGGAAGCCGUACUCACUCUCGGUGUAGAAAAGCUUGAGGUUAUUGGCGAUUCUAAUCUUGUCGUGUCUCAAGCCAACGGGGACUGGAAAGUCCGUGAGGAAAAGUUGAAGCCUUAUCAUCAGAACUUGAAGGAACUUAUCCCUUGUUUCAAUAAGGUGACAUUCACUCACAUUCCCCGCUUGAAAAAUCAAUUUGCCGAUGCCUUGGCAACUCUAGCUUCCAUGGUUGAACUUCCUCUUUGUGUAAAGCUCCGACCCAUCCGGAUCGAACAAAGGGACUUUCCCGCCUAUUUGUACGUCAACGCCAUCGAUGAUCUGAGGCCACUAAAAAGGAUCAACUCGCAUUACGAAGAUUGGCUGCCCAAUACAUCAUUUGUGGAGGGAAGUUGUAUAGGAGAUCCUAUUGUGGGAUGCACAAACUCUGUGUUAAUGGUUCUGAAGCCAUAA